AUGGUGGCCUGGUUCAGGGUUCAAGUGGUAACCUGGUUCAGGGUUCAAGUGGUUGCCUGGUUCAGGGUUCAAGUGGUUGCCUGGUUCAGGGUUCAAGUGGUGGCCUGGUUCAGGGUUCUAGUGGUGGUCUGGUUCAGGGUUCAAGUGGUGGUCUGGUUCAGGGUUCAAGUGGUGGCCUGGUUCAGGGUUCAAGUGGGGGGCCUGGUUCAGGGUUCAAGUGGUGGCCUGGUUCAGGGUUCUAGUGGUGGCCUGGUUCAGGGUUCAAGUGGUGGCCUGGUUCAGGGUUCAAGUGGUGGCCUGGUUCAGGGUUCAAGUGGUGGCCUGGUUCAGGGUUCAAGUGGUGGCCUGGUUCAAGUGGUGGCCUGGUUCAAGGGUUCAAGUGGUGGCCUGGUUCAGGGUUCAAGUGGUGGCCUGGUUCAGGGUUCAAGUGGUGGCCUGGUUCAGGGUUCAAGUGGUUGCCUGGUUCAGGGUUCAAGUGGUGGCCUGGUUCAGGGUUCAAGUGGUGGCCUGGUUCAAGUGGUGGCCUGGUUCAAGGGUUCAAGUGGUGGCCUGGUUCAAGGUUCAAGUGGUGGCCUGGUUCAGGGUUCAAGUGGUGGCCUGGUUCAGGGUUCAAGUGGUGGCCUGGUUCAGGGUUCAAGUGGUGGCCUGGUUCAGGGUUCAAGUGGUGGCCUGGUUCAGGGUUCAAGUGGGGGCCUGGUUCAGGGUUCAAGUGGUGGCCUGGUUCAGGGUUCAAGUGGUGGCCUGGUUCAGGGUUCAAGUGGGUGCUUGGUUCACUAUCCCUUGACCAUUGUUUGA